AUGAGUGAUUAAGUAAAACAUUAACUAUUUGUUAGCCACCAUUUAUAUCACUAGAAAGUUAUGAUGAUAUCAAUUAGAUCAGAAGUAAAUUUUCACCUUUAGCAAAAAUAAAUCUAAAUCAUGAAUUUAAUAAUUUAGAUGAAUGUAAAUUCUUUAUCAUAAGAACUUAAGGAGAAGAUAAUGUUCAUAGAGCUAUGAAGUAUGGUUUUUGGACUAGGUAAAUAAUUUAUUAGACAAUAGUUCGUCUCGAAAAAAUCAACGAUUGCAUGAAGCAUAUAUUAAUAAGAAAUAAGAUGUUUAUCUAUUUUUCACAGAAAUUAAUAGCAUGUGCUUUAGUGGAAUGGCUAAGCUUACUUCUGCAUUUAAUCCUAAAUUUCAUUUUCAGUUUUGGUUAAUUGAAAAUAAAUGGUUCGGCACUUUUUCAAUAGAAUGGGUAUUAGAUUUAACUUAUCACUCAGUUAUACAUAAAAGAUCUUUCAUUUAAAUUAUUUGAAAAUAUAAAGCAAAUCUAACAAUUGGAAGGCAGUGAAGAAACUAUUAAAUCAGUUUAUGAUCUUAUAGAUUGCACAGAAUUAUCUGUUGAUAAUGGAAUUAAAAUGACAAAAAUAUUUUAAAAUGAAAUCUCUAAUAAAAGCUUAUUUGAAGAAUUUCCUCAACUUGAUAAAUUAGAAGUAUUUUUAGUUGUCAUGAUUUUUAGUUUGAUAAUAGAUUGGAAAGAACAAAUAAUUAAAGAUUUGAAAAGAAAUUCAAAGAACUCUCUUCUGUUUUUGAAACUAUCCCAUUCUCUUUCUCAGUUGCAUCAUAUGAACGGAAAAAAAACAACCAAAGACCUUAAAAUGGAUAUUAUUAACCUCCUUAUGGGUAGCAAUAUUAUUAUUAACAACCGUAUUAAUCUUAUUAUUAAUAGUAAUCAAUUGGUAUAUUUCAUUCUUAAUAUUUUAGGUUAUUAAUUUUAGUAAACUCCUUAAUAUUGGUAAUAAAAUAAUGGAUUUUAUUAAAAUCAAUAUUAUUCAUAAAAUUAAUUUAACAACAACAAAUAUCAUCUUAAUAAAUAAGAAAACUAUGAAAAACCUAUAAGAUAAUAUUAAUAACCAACCUAACAAUAGUAAUCUCAUCCUUAAGAAACAGAAUAAAAAUAAAAUCCUGAUUCAUUAGAUUAAAGAUUUCAAAUAAAAAAUUAGUAAUAAUAAAAAAGAACAAAAUUUGAAAAAACAAAGAAAUAAUAUAAUAAGAAUGAAAUUGAGUAUGUUGAGAAAGCUUAGACUUAAAUUUCUGUUUAAAAGAGCUGA